AUGGAAGUCGCCCGACAAGUGAGGCAUGACUCCAGUUUGGAUCCCACUCUUAGACACCCGUGGAUCUUCGGCUGGGUGAUUGGUGAUACAGUAUGUGAGGCUUAUGACCGUGACCAUGGACAGAUUCUUUUCGAUGAAAUCGAGUUCUUCAUAGAGACUUCCGAAACAGAGCAACAGCGUUGGCUUAGCCCAAAUCUCCCAUCCACAGGAGAGUACAUUGCAACUAGGAUGGGCACAGGGGCAGUUAACGUCUGCUUAAUCGAGUAUGCGCCUCCGUAUACGUCUACGACGGAGUACUAUCACAUGAACUGA